AUGGCUCACCAAAUUCACCUAAAUGAAAACGAAAUCGCCUGCGCACUUCAAUGUGAUUUAAGUGAAGAUGGACUCGACUUAGAUGACGAUAGUUUGAUGGAUCCUGACUUUGAACCAGAUUUUGAAGAGUCGAUUGACGAAUCUUUGGAAGCUGAAUUCGACAUAGAUGCACUAGUAGACACCUUGAAUGAUGACGACCGUAACUCCAACUUUGAGGUAGAAGUAGGGCCGGCCUUAUCUAGUUCAGACAUUCCAGAUGAGCAAAUUUGCUCUACAAAAGCGCGUAACAUGCUGAAAAGGUAUAAUCCCAAGAAACCGCAUAAGUGGGGUUAUAAAUUAUAUGUUUUGAGUGGUGUUUCUGGUUUUGCUUAUACAAUAGAGAUUGAAUCUGGCAAAGAGAAUGUUGUCAGACCCGACGAGCCAGAUUUAGGAGCUUCUUCCAAUGUAGUAGUGAGAUUAUCGCGUAUGAUUCCGCGACACCAAAAUUACAGGCUCUAUUUCGAUAACUACUUCACAUCCUUGCAUCUUUUGGAAUAUUUAGCAAAAGAAGGUAUUCUUGGGCUAAGUACUAUUAGAAGGAAUAGAAUACCUGACUGCAAGCUGUCGUCAGAAAAAGAGAUUAUGAAGAAAGAUCGAGGAUAUUCUGAAGAGUACAUAGCUGAUGUCAACGGCGUCGACGUGUCAACGGUUGUAUGGAAGGACAAUAAGCUUGUUACAUUGGCUUCCACAUUUGCUGGUCUAAAUCCUAUAAGCGAAGUCCGGAGAUACGACAAAAAGAACUCAAGAUACAUAAACAUCCCGCGACCUAAUGUUGUGAGCGAGUAUAACCGUCAUAUGGGCGGUGUGGACCUUGUAGAUAGCAUUAUGGGCAUCUACAAGAUAAAACUGAGAAGCAAACGUUGGCAGAUGCGUCUCUUCUAUCACUUCUUAGACCUAACAAUGGCUAAUGCAUGGCUGUUCUAUAAAAGAGUCUGCAAGUAUAAAAACAUUCCCAACAAGACCAUCAUGGCAUCUGCAGAUUUUCGCCUGGAAAUUGCCGAAACAUUGUGCAAGAUGGGGGUGAAAACGGGUUUAACAAUACGCCGAUCUAUUGAAGGUCAAAUCCUAGCAAAGAAACACAAAGGACCUGCCCAACAUGUACCUCCACAAGCAGUCCGCCAAGAUCAAGUCGGUCACUGGCCUCAAUGGGCAGAAAAAAAAAUCCGUUGUAAGUUCCCAAAAUGUCACAUAUCAGAGUGUGAAGACAACGACACCUUGCGAACGGUAUCAGCGGAGACCUGGUCCCCGGCCUGGACGAGCUAUGCCUUACCACAUGACGAUGUUUGCGCGCGCCACCCAUCGGUCUCCGACACCUGCGACGAGGAUUCCUUUGACAACACCACCAACAUUCUGUGCGAGAACUUCGUCUACUUAGAUCGGCGGAGUAUAAUAGCCGAGUUCAACCUUGCGUGUCAGGAGGGCAAGCGCGCACUGGUGGGCACUGUGCACAACGUGGGCAUGCUAGUCUCCUUGCCCAUCAUGGGACAUGUGUCCGACAGAUGGGGCCGCCGCGCGGCGCUCGUGGUGAGUGGCUGCGGCGCUGGCCUACUGGGUUUGGUCAAGUCCUUCGCUGGCUCCUACACUGCAUAUCUACUGGCCGAGUUCUUCGAGACUGUGUUAGGCGCGAGUGUUUACCCUGCAGCUUUUGUACUCAUGAUUGAGUGGCUGGGCGUAGAACAACGUAUCCUAGCUAGUUUGCUCCUCGGUAUACCUCUAUCUGCCGGAGCUGCAGCUUUGGCACUUCUUGACUAUCUGACUGGUUAUUGGAGGCUUUGGGCACUGGUGGCCUACCCUCCCUCUUUCCUACUCAUGCUGUAUCCUUGGCUUCUGCCCGAGAGCGUGAGAUGGCUGGUAGCAAACAGCAAGCUGACUCAAGCCGCGAAAGUGAUAAAACAAGCAGCGCGAUGCAACAGGGUCGCUUUGCCGGAAGAUGCGAUCGACAAGGCGCUCGCAUCCAAGUCCGAGCCCAGGCUGGACAAGAGUGAAGUAGAUGACGAGGAGGAAGAAGAGAGUAUAUUUGGAGCUUUUGUGAAGUACGGCGAGUUGCGGCGGCGACUGCUAACAUGCUUCGUUUGGUGGGCGUCAGCGGUGUUCGUGUUCUAUGGGCUGGCGGUGCACGCGCACUCGCUGUCGGGCAGUGCACACGUCAACUACGUACUGUUGAGCGCCGCGGAGGUGCCGGCGCUGCUGCUCAACACGCUGCUGCUGGACCGCGCCGGCCGCCGCCCGCUUCUGACCGCCGCAUUGCUGCUCACCGCCGCCGCGCUCAUCACCGCCCCACUGCUGCCCGACCCAAAUGGUGUGGGGGGCACGUCGCUGUUCCUGAUGGGCAAGGUGGGUGCCACGAUGUCGCUGAACGCGCUGUACGUGUACACCGCGGAGCUGUUCCCCACGCGCGCGCGCCAGCGCCUGCUGGCCGCCUGCUCCACCUGCGGCCGCCUCGGCGCCAUCCUCGCGCCACUGACGCCGCUGCUGUACGAGUAUAGUGUUAAUGAGCUAAUGAGGGUGGUGUGCGGGCAGGCUGUGUACGGGUCGUGGGUGCCGCCGACGCUGCUGGGCGCGCUGCCGCUGGCGAGCGCGGCGCUGACGCGGCUGGUGCCCGACACGCUCGGCCGCCGCCUGCCCGACCGCUUCCGCGACCUGCGCCACCACCACCUGCUGCCCUGA